AGAUUUCAGCAGAAAAGAGCACCCAAACCAGGUGAAAAAAAAGAGACGGAAAAGAAGAGAGAGAAAGAGGGGAGAAAAAGAGAGAGAAAGAGGAGGUUGAUGCUUAUGACAUUUCUUGAUUUCUGUUUCUGAGAAUCGAUUUUUUUUCUCUGAAAGCGAUAAGGUUAUGGUGAAUUGGUGUAUGUGACUUUGAAGUGAAUUGGUUGAAGCUCAUGGAUAGAAGUAGAGAAGCUCGAAGAUCAAACAUGACGGCAACGAACGGAUUGUCAAGACGUCGGCAAAGAGCAAGCAGUCUUCGAGAUUCACACGAAGAAGAUGAAGAGAUGGAGUUGCAAGAGACAGUGAGGUUAAGAGAUCGUCCUAACAAAAGAGAUAGGGAUAAGGAUAGGGAUAGAGAAAGAGAAAGAGAUCGAGAUUUUUCGAAUCAUAAGAGUAACCAAAAGCGGAGGAGAGGCAAUAGUUUAACGCAGGGAGAAGAAGAAAGUACUGAAGAAAGUGUAGCGGAUGAAGAAGAGUAUGAAAUUGAUGAAAGAAGAGUAGCUCAUAUAAUUUCUCACAAUACUACAUCAUAUUCGUCUUCUUCUUUGUCUAAUCAAAAUAGUAGAAAAUCCUUACCUCUGACCAGACACACGCGGCCAACGCCACCGGCUUUGAAGGCCGCUGAUGAGAUGAUUGGAGUCCUGGUCCCGAGAAAGGCUCGCUCGGUUUCCGUGAAAAGGUCGCAUGAGAAUUGGACCUCUGGAAAUGGUGGAUUUUGGGAUGAACAUAGAUUUUCGACUUCGAGUCGCAGCAUUGAGGCUAAUUCACCUUCAUCUUCCAAUGUUUCAGUGAGGAAAAAGAUGAAACCAAGUGGACCUAAGACUCGUCUUCCAAAGGUGGCCAAAUCUUCUAGUUCGGUUCAACAAGAUGAUAUCGAGAUUGAGAUUGCCGAGGUUUUGUAUGGGCUGAUGAAGCAAUCCCAGAAUUCAAAGAAAGAAGAUGAAAGCAUCGGCAAACCGGCGCAAAAGCUUGAAUCGGAAGAUGGUAUUUGUAACAAUCAAGACACUAAACCAUCUGUUUCAGCUUUGGCUCAGAAAGAUAGCGCCGCUUCAGAUCUCGGUGGUGCCACGAAGAAGAAGAAAGUCGAGGUUGAUUAUUCUUCAAACCCAAGUGUUUCUGCUGUUAAGUUUGAAAGCGAGCAGCUACCAACAAAUUCGGAAAUAUAUACACCGGAGAAAACAUCUCAACUGAAUGUGGCAUCUUGUGAGGCAUCUAAUGAAGUGGAUGCUUCUAAAGUUGCCUCUGUGAUGGUGGAACCACAGGAAGAGGUAGCGAAGCAAGGUGAUGCAAAACUAUCUAUGGAAGGAUCAGAUUGCCCCAGCGGUCCUGUGACAGAGAAAAAAUGGGUUUCGGCUGAUAAGGAAUCUUCUGCUACCUGCUGUAAAAUGGAUUCGACAGUAACAAAAGCGAGUUCAAGUGUACUGGAGACUGGAAGCCCAAAAGUUGAGAAGUUCAAGAUUGAUCUGAUGGCUCCUCCCAUGGGAUUUUCUCCUGAACUGGAUGGCUUCAAUGAUUUCCCCUCAUGUCCUACAACUAUAGUCCAAGAUGUCAAUACGAAAUCUUUGGUUAAGGACGAAGAAAAUGCAGAUAGGCUUGUGAAGAAGGAAACAGCAUUACAGGAAGUGGAAGAAAGGAAGAUUGAGCCUAUUGAAGAAAAGAGCAAACUGAUGUUUGAUUUGGAAAAGCCAAAUCAAGAUGAUGCAAGAGAUAGUGCCAGUAAAUUACGACAUCAGAGUCAAAAACAGGAACAAUUAGCUAAAUCUGGAGUUCCUAAAGUGGAAAAAACUGGUCAAUCUAGCUCAGUGCCUUUUCAGGUUGCCCUAGCUGGCUGUUCAAAUGGUCUUCCACCUCUAGGAAGCAAAUUCAUGACCAGCAGGUACAUGCCUCCAUUUCAAACAAUUAUGCCCAUGGAUGGGAGUGCCAGAUCUACCUCAACUCAGCAGCCUGCCCAGUUUAUGCUCAUUCAACCUCGGCUAAAGAGGUGUGCUACCCACCAAUACAUUGCUCGAAAUAUAUUCUUGAAUCAGCAGUUUGCAAAGACGAACCACUUGUGGCCAGCUGGAGCUACUUCUAAUUCUUUAAUUGGGUCUAAAGCCAACAGUCUCAAUAUUGUUCCUUCCACUGAAAACUUAAUUCAUGGAAACCAAUUGCAAGGAAGGUUUCCCGUUGCAAACCUAAGUUCUGUGCAGGAUAAAGGGCAGGCCAAGACCAAUUUUCCAGGUCUUACACAGAAAGAUAAAAGCUCUGAGAAUGCAAGUUUAGUGGACCCAGCACAGACAAAGCAGCUUGUACUUCAACAAGCUCCACAUCCUGCAGCUGCUGGUCACUUUUUGCAUGCCCCUGCUUUCAUCUUCCCUGUAAGCCAACAACAAGCAGCAGCUAAUCAAUCUGGGCCUUCAAAAUCUACUACCUCAGCCAGAAGUGCAUCAGUCUCUGGUAAUUCAACAUCUGUAAUUCCGGUAAGCUCUACAGCAUUACCAGCAGUAGCUGCAGCUGUGAGUUAUAAUUACCCGAAUAUGGCAGCCAAUGGAGCACCUUACUUGACCAUAGUACAGAAUGAAGGGUUUACAUUUCCUGUUCCCACCCCUAUUGGGACUCCACCAGCAGUUAGAGGCCAUGCUCAACCAAUGCCUUACUUUAAUGGGUCUUUCUAUUCAUCUCAGAUAUUUCAUCCUUCUCAACUUCAGCAGCAACAGCAACAGCAACCUCACUCACAACCUUUACUACAAGCAGCUUAUCAAAAUACAACCGCGUCAAGUGCCUCAUCAGCAUCUCACAAGCAAACGCAGUCUCAGCAGCCACGUGGGGGGUCUGUUAAUGGUAACUUAUUGAGCUCAACAAGUAUGCUACCAAAUCAGCAGCAAAAGCAGCUUGUGCAACCAUCCAAUCAAAAUCUCAAGCUUGAGCCUGAGAUGAGUGGAGAGAAUGCCCCAUCACUUGGUGAUAGCCGUGCCUCUCACAAUCAGAUGAGUGUGUAUGGACAAAACUUCACAGUGCCACUUCAGCCGCUAAACUUUGCCUUGUUGCCAUCACAAAUUCUUGGUGGGACAAGUGGUGGUGGAAAUCACGGUGAGAAGCAGCCGCAAUCACAUCAAAAGAAUUUAAAGGGUGGAGUUGAGCUCAUCCCUUCUCAGUCAUUCUCCAUGUCAUUUGCAUCUUUUGGUGGAAACAGUUCAGCUUCAAACCUUAAUUUCUCAUCUAUGACCCAAAAUCCGGCAAUCUUUCAGCCCCUUCCGGACAUGGCCCAACAAGGGUACCAGGUUUCACCCACAGCUCAGGUUGCACUGCAGAAAAAUCACCAACUAUCUGAUGUGAAGACUGGAGGAGGUUCAUUGAAUCAUGAUGAUGGAAAAAAAGCAAGUUUUGGGAAGUCACCUGCUUCAAAUGGACAGACACUUGUUUUUGACCAUUCAGCAAGGACUCUGAACUUUGUUUCAUCUCCAGUUACUGGAAAUUGGUCCUCACGUCCCAUUGCCUCAGCUACAAUAACCACAAAUGGCUCUACCGCUGCUAAUUCUCAAAAUUUUCAGCAACAGCAACUGCUUCAGCUCCAUAAGCAGCAAAUGUUGCAAAAUCAGCAGCAAUCUGCUGCAGCAGCAGCUCAAAGUAAAGCUCCGUUGAACAGCAUUUCCUCAUCUUCCAUUGCUACGAAGCUCUCGAAUAACACCCCUAUGUUCCCACAAACUCUUGUCCAAAGCAACAGUUCUGGUCAGUCUCCCCAAUGGAAGAACUCAGCGAGAAACCCAACCUGUCAAGUUCCUCCAACAUCACUCGUACCAUCCAACUCCCCAACUCUGAAGAAUGUUUCCCAGCAGCAGCAAGUGAGAUCCUCACAAACCCAGAUAACUUUUGAAAGAAAUUCCAAAUCCGGCUUGGCACCCCAAGGGCAACAAAUACCCACUAGCAGCCAGUCUCAAUCUCCCCUAGCUGUUGGAUCUUUGGCAAGUGCCGGAAACCUGAGAACAAGUUCCAGUGGCAGCAAAGCUGGCUCAUCAAUCCCAAAUUUGCAGCCCCAGCAGACUGAGAAUUCAUCAUCUAGCACUGGCCAGAAAAACUCCCCUGUUUGUGGAAGAAAUGUACCAUCCAUCUUGAGCACAUGCCCCAGCCACCUCUCUGAACUCAAGUACUAAAAUCUAAGAUGCAACAAGAAUGCAGCCCCAAAAUUUUGUCCGGAAGGCCACAACUAUAGCGUCUUGCACAUUUUGGACAGGCUCCACCUGGGUUUCUUGCAGGUGAACCGAAACAGGUGGAAAGAAACAAAAUUCUCCAAAGUAAAAAAGUUACAGUUGCUAUAUUCAGGGAGAGUAAGUCAUCUUCUGACAAGAUCGCUUUGAUACAAAUUUUAAAGUGGAGAUUGGGGAUCUGCCAUUAUGCAAGGGGAUUCUUGUUCGACACUAUUAUGUGAAUAAUUUUUAAUCUUUUGCAUAGAAAUUAGAAGCUAAUUGUUCUAAUUCAUUAUUAUAUUAGUAACUUAAAACUAAUCUGUAUCUGUUCGUCUGGGUUUAUUGCAUGGACUUUUUCUUGGCAUUA